UUGUGAAAGCUAUGGAUGGAAUUCAUUGCCCCUUUCAUAUAAAUGAUGACACUUGGUCCACUCCUUAGUCCUUGUUCAUCACGUUUUUUGUAAAACUUCUCAAAGUACUACAAAUAAUAAGACCUCAACAAAAAAAAAAAGCAAAAACCAUAAAACCAACCAACCAACUUCAUUUCCACACUAAACUUUGGUGAGACAUAAAUGGAAACAUCCGACGGCAUAAGACACCGGAAAGUUCACGUGAAUGGCAUAAACAUGCACGUAGCCGAGAAAGGAGUUAAGGGGGCACCUAUUGUACUCUUCCUUCACGGCUUCCCUGAAUUAUGGUACUCUUGGAGGCACCAAAUCUUGGCCCUCUCGGCUCUUGGUUACCAUGCCGUAGCCCCCGAUCUGAGGGGCUACGGCGAUACAGAUGCUCCUACAGAUUUCCAUAGCUACACUUACGGUCACAUCGUGGGUGACUUGGUUGCUUUGAUUGAUGAGUUGGGGGUAGAGGAGGUUUUUGUGGUUGGCCAUGAUUGGGGCGCAGUGAUUGCUUGGUGGUUAUGCCUCUUUCGGCCCGAUCGCGUGAAGGCGUUGGUGAACCUUAGCGUGGCUUUCUCUCCCCGGAAUCCUAAAACCAAGCCAGUUGAUGGGCUUCGUGCUGCCUAUGGCGAUGACUAUUAUAUUUGCCGCUUUCAGGUGCCCGGAGAAAUUGAAAGUGAGAUUGCUGAAGUUGGUGGAGCUGAAAAACUGUUGAGGAAAUUUUUUUCGUAUCGCAACCCAGGGCCCUUGUUUUUGCCCAAAGGACAGGCUUUCAAAGAUGUGCCUCCUUUUCCUUCUUUUGUGACCGAAGAAGAAGCUGCCUAUUACGUUCACAAAUUUACACAGACUGGCUUCACUGGAGGAUUAAAUUAUUAUCGUGCUGUAAAUUUAAAUUGGGAACUCACAGCAGCAUGGACAGGAGCAAAGGUGAAAGUACCCGUGAAAUUUAUUGUAGGUGACUUGGACCUUACAUACUAUAUGCCUGGUGUAAAGGAAUACAUUCAUCAAGGGGGGAUGAAAAAGGAUGUACCACUCUUAAAGGAUGUGGUCAUACUUGAAGAAGUAGGUCAUUUCAUACAGCAAGAAAAGCCUGAUGUUAUCUCCAAUAACAUUUAUAAUUUCAUCAAAAGAUUCUAAUUAAGGCCAAUGCAACCUGCCAUGACAAUAAGGCCUCUUUGCCAAUAUUAUCGUCCCUAGACGAUGCAAUGAGUUAUAUUUAAGGUUUUGUAAAUUCAGGUUGCACUUAUUUCGAUCAUAAACUUUAUAUGUUAAAUUUAUUGUUAUGUCA